AUGCAUAUCCUGAUCACCAACGACGACGGCCCUCCGUCGAACGAGUCGUCGCCGUAUAUCCAUUCUCUCAUCCAUUCGCUACAGUCAGCUGGGCAUGUCGUCUCGGUAGUUCUGCCCCACCAGCAGCGAUCGUGGAUCGGUAAAGCACAUUUCAUCGGCGCCGCUGUUGAACUCUCCUACUUCCGGCCGGGUGCGCUGCAUCAGGAUGAUGGGACAAUUCACCCUUUCCCUCGAGGCCACAACAAUGAGGAUGAUGCGGAUGGUGAUGAAUGGGUCCUCGUCAAUUCUACACCGGCCAGCUGUGUCCAAAUCGGUCUAUAUCAUUUGUUCCAGGACCGGGGCCCCAUUGACUUGGUAGUCUCGGGUCCAAACUAUGGCAGGAAUACAACGGCCCUGUUUGCGCUGUCAAGCGGAACCAUUGGGGCUGCUAUGGAGGGAGCCCUGUGUGGAAAACGGUCAAUCGCCUUGUCAUACGCCUUUAAGUCGCGGAACCACGACCCCGUCAUCAUUGCCGAGGCAUCUAGCCAUUCCGUCCGGCUGAUCGAGUAUCUGGUCAAAAACUGGGGUGAAGGUGUCGAUCUCUACAAUGUGAAUGUCCCACUAGAAGCUGGCGUGAGCAAGAAUAAAGUCCUGUAUACAAAUAUGCUGGAUAACCGGUGGACCUCGGGUAGCUGCUUCAAGGCCGUGGAUGCUUCCGUGUCGGACGUGGACCCUGCAGCGAGGGAGAAGGUGCUGCGAGCCCAAGAUCCGAAAACGCAGGUGGAUUCGACUCCCAAUGCGCCCGUCAACAAGAAUCGCAUUCAGCACAAACACUUCCUAUGGUCCCCGAAUUUCUCCGAUGUGUACAACAGUGUCGAGAGGAGUCAACCGGGCAAUGAUGGCUGGGCUGUCAAGGAAGGAAUGUCAAGUGUCACACCUAUGAGGGCCAACUUCAUGCACAAUCCCGAUAUCCAAGGGGAGAUUACGCUCUCGGACAAUGACGAACCAAGUCUAUAUUCUAUUGUGGACAGUGAUGACCCAUAUGUCCAGAGACUGAUGGAGCAAGCACUGCAACGCCGACUAGGUGGUCGUCAUAAGACGAUAUCGUCCCUGGCGGAUCUACCUUCGUCCUCUACGCCGAUCUUCCAAUAUCGCGAAUACGAACGAAUUGACUUUGAACAUGCCAUGAUGAACUCAUCAUCGUCUCUCACAAAUGCCUAUAUCAUUCGCAAGGCAUUGAUUCGCAAACACUACUUGUCUAACACGGUUUCAACAUGGGUCACAAAACAUCCGGACAGCAUUCUCAGCAAGCACUUCAAGUUUGCCUUUGAUUUCGAACUCGACUACGCCGAAUUCCUUGAUGAUGCAUUAUUAGAGGCCUACGAAUUGCGUGAGAGCCUAGAGAAGAACGAGGAUAGACCGGAGUCUGAAAAGGAAUGGUGGAUCCUAAAACCAGGAAUGAGUGAUCGAGGCCAGGGCAUCCGUCUUUUUAACAGCGAAGAUCAACUGCGAGAAAUCUUCGAAGAGUGGGAAGAAGAUGAGUCGGAUGAUGAGAGCGGAUCCGAGAAGCCCGAGAAAGACGAUGAAGCCAGCGAUGGGCAGGGGGUAAUCACCUCUCAGCUACGCCAUUUCAUCGCUCAACCUUACAUCGAUCCUCCUCUCCUUCUGCCGUCUUCGUCGAACAGGAAAUUCCACAUUCGGACCUACGUUCUAGCUGUUGGCUCCCUGAAAGUCUACGUCUUCAAGGAGAUGUUGGCCCUCUUUGCUGCCAAGCCGUACUGUCCCCCAUGGGAGGAAGAAGACGAGGUGAAAGACCUCGCGCGACACUUGACAAAUACCUGCUUCCAGGAAGGAGGAAGUACCAACGAAGGCAGUGUUCGGCAGUUUUGGCAGCUUGAUCCCCAUGUACCAGGGCUCUCUCCCGAUUGGAAAGAGAAAGUCUUUGACCAGAUCUGUGCUGUCACUGGAGAGAUUUUCGAGGCUGCCUCGCGCGGAAUGAUGGUCCAUUUCCAGACGCUUCCCAAUGCGUUCGAAUUGUUCGGCGUCGACUUCUUGGUCGACAAAGAGGGGACUCCCUGGCUACUCGAGAUGAACGCAUACCCCGACUUUGGCCAAACAGGAGAGGCGCUCAAAGAUCUGGUCGUGGGUCGUCUCUUCGAGGAAACGGUGGAUGUUGCUGUCAAGCCGUUCUUCGGGCUGGGAGAUACCGCGGUGGAUGGAACCGAUUUGUUGAAGCUGGUUGCUGAUCUUGACCUGGGGAGAAAGUCGUGA